AUGAACACAUGGGGUGGCGAUAUGCAUGAGCUGCGGGCAGACGGUCUGUUGAUAGUUGGAGACGAAGCAAGCCCCGAUCAUGAGCCACCCAUCAUUGGUGUCAGCGCAUGCGGAAAUGAUCAUGGGAAGGAGCUUUGUUGCAGGACAGGGUACGCCCUGCAGGAAGCAGCAAAGCAACUCGAAGCCUAUUCGUGGUUUUUCGUGCUGGACGAUGAUGUGUAUGUCAACGUUCACAACGCCAGGCAGGCACUUUUAUAUCGCGACCCUGAUGACUUGAUCGCGCUUGGCAUUCCAAGCUGUGGUCCAGAGGAUGCGGCGGGCUUUUGUGGUGGCGCAGGUUACAUCAUUAGCCAAGCCAGCUUGCGCAAAAUCAUGGCAAGGUCCGGCGAAGCGUUUCAGUCAGACUUGAUGGGCAACCUGGUAGGUGGUGCAUACGGCUUGGUCUGGGACGAUCUUAGUAUUUCAGGCGUGCUGAAGCGCAACGGGGUCCAUCUUGAGCAGCUUGACGGGCUCUACGGCUGGCAGCUUGACAAUUCUCAGGAGCUGGAGGAUGGCUAUGCCAGCGCAAUCAUGGCAACAGAUCCUCUGCCCAUCACUUUUCAUUAUGUGACUAGCCGGCAGAAUGAGAUGCUUGUUUUUUGCCCUGAUAGCUACAAUGCAUGCCUUUGA